UUGAUUUUGAGCCCUGUUGCAUGGUGCAGGGAUCUUUAAAGAUCAAUAAUCUCCCAAUGCUAUUAACUAGUUAGCCAUCCAUGAUGAACAGUCGAGAUUUUCAUCGAUCUCCCUCCUUCACGGAGCGACUAUCUGGACUGUCCACCGCUUUUAAGAUGUUCCCAUUUAUUCAAACAGGACAACGUAUCCUCCAGCCCUUUUUGGAAAAAUUCGGGUUCUCCGUUCAGGAAGUUACGGAUUCAGUCAAAUUAUUCCUUACGAACGGUCACCCUGCCUUGACCUUCCCAUUUCUUCGGCCUCCAAACAAUAUCCUUAUUGGGUGUGCCAACCUAUUGGGCAGUAAAAGCGCUCCUUUACAAUUCUCGCCACAAAUUUCUCAGUUUUUGAACGAAUCAGUUGGGAAGGAUGUUGUUUACGUUUCCUUUGGACCAUAUGUGAAGAUGAGUGGAGUUUCCUGGUACUCGCAACUCGUAGAGAUUCUUACCGAACUCGAUCUCAGAGUCAUAGUCAAGGUAGAUAAGGAAUUUGAGAAAGAGUUCCCCAAAUCUGUCCUACCUCUGAACUGGGCGCCUCAAAAAGAUCUCCUGAGAUCGGGUAAAAUAAAGCUCUUUAUCAGCCACUGUGGUAACAACGGCAAAAUGGAGACUAUUUAUUACAAUGUUCCUGUACUGUGUAUCCCUCAAUUUGCUGAUCAACCCGUAAACGCUGAGCUGGUCAAGGUGAAGGGAUUCGGAGAGAGUUUGAUGAAGGAGGAUAUCUCAGUUCGAGCUAAAGAAGUAAUCGCGGCAAUGAUCGCUAACCACGGAACUUAUCAUAGGAAUAUGAAGAGAGCGUCUGAUAUAGUUGAGAAUGAGCCGGGGAAUGCGAGGGAGAAUCUACUGUAUUACGUGGAGCAAGUGGCUGAGAUGGGGAAUGUGGACUAUUUGGUGAACAAAGUUGCAAGACAGCAGAGUACGGUGGAGAUGUAUAAUCUGGAUAUCGUAGUUCCUGUGGUUGUGAUUGUUAUUGUUGUUGUGGGGUUCAUUUUAUAUGUGCUGUUGAAGUUUUGUGUUUAUUUUUCAAGAAAAGUUGGCAUGGCCGGUUUCAGGAAGCUGAAGAAUGAGUGAGUGAUUAUAUUUCUAAUUUUUGAUGUUGAAAUCGAUUAUGAGCAUAUUUUUAUUUAAAAAUAUUCAACCAGUUGCUUUU